UCAAAAAAUAGAAAAAUGAAAGAGCCCCGCUAAAGCUUCUCUCCCGCGCAAACGAAACCCCCACCUUCCUUCGUCUUCUCUCAAACCGCACCAGCAAACUCCCCACCCCCACCAGCAAACUCUUCUCUUUGCCGAUUCUAGGUUUUCAAACGUCUCUCCCUCAUCUCUCGCCAUUCCUUCGGCAGCUGAGAAGAACCGAACUGAACUCAACUCCGGUGAGGGUUUCAAGUCAAGAAGAGGAAGUGAAGAACUCCAGUUCUUUAAAUGGGUGAUUUUUCCGGAACAAUUGAUGUUGAAAGGCUUAUUUCUUAUGGUGAUGAUCUCAUUGAAGUCUUCAUGAAUAGAAGGGAUGUUAAUAACUUUGCACUAUCUUUGGAAGGAGUCAAGAUGCUUCAAUCAUCUUGUGAGGCAGAUUUUUCUGAGGUUAAGAAUCUAUUGGAAGCAGAGUAUCGGAGAAAGAUAGAUGAGUGCAAGCAAAGGAUGGAUGAUGCAAAAUCUGAGGUUAUCGCUGAUGCUGAUAUUGAGUUUCUUCAAAAAGAGUUGGAUGAGGAAAUUCAGAAGGAGCAUUUACUUAAGGAGGAGCUUAGAAUUGUUAGUGAUGAAAUUGAUGAUCUUGAGCAGCAGAGGGUUUCUAUUGAAGAGCGGAGACAGUUCGUAAAGAAGCUUGAAAAGGAUGAUUUGAGGGCGCAGAUUUGGAAACAAAGAAAGUGAUUGGGAUUGGCCGUGAGAUGAAUGGAGUUUACCUGCUUGAACAUUCCCAGGGGAAGCAAAGUGAAGUGGGGAAAUUGUUUGUCUCUCAGUCUUGGAGUAAGAUUAUGCUUUGGCAUAACCGCUUAAGGAAGGAGCUUUCUAUGUAUGCUUCAGUCACAAAGAUCAUUCCAGAUUUGGAUAACCAGACCAAAAUUUCUGGUCAUAUCGUGGACAAGCACAGAAAGAUGGUUGAAAGGUUUGAAUUUGACCCUAUGAAUGCAUCCACCUUGGAGACAUGUAAUAGGCUGUGGAAAAUGACGAGUUUAUGACUGUUUACUCUAUUGUGAUAUAUGUAAUGAACUAAAGAUGUAUAAAUUAUAUUUCUUGUUGUAAACACUGAAGAUGCCAACUUGCUGGGAAAUGAGCAUAUUUCUGGACUUCGCAUGCGGUUCCCAAUUUCCCAUCCCUUUGCUGGAAGAUACCUAUUUUAGUCAUGUAGAUGAACGAUUUAUCCAGUAGAUAAUCCAUUAUGUCAACUGUGAAAGCAUGCCUAUGUGAUAGAAAUAAAUGAUUUAUGUCUUGUUAAGCUA